UUGGCAGCAUUACCCGCGCCUAUUCGCAAAAUUGUGUGAUAAUUGUUAUGUAAAAAAAUUGAUGAUAAAAAAUUAGUUCCCUUCUUAAAUCAUGGGAAAUACGGAAAGCAACGUUACCAGCGGAGUCAAGAAGCAGGCUGGAGUUUCCACCCAGGCGCUGUACAAAUUCGUCAACCUGAAGGGAGGUGGUCUUCUUGUGGAUAUGAUGAAAAGAGCCAUUCAAAAUAAACAAUAUGCGGAAAUAGAUCAUGCCAUAAAAACGAAAGUGGAACCAUUUCUGUACAACAAAGGCAAAGGGAAAUACAUUCCGGUGGCGCAGUUGGUCCUGCUGCGGAAUCGAGAACGGCCACGGUCGAAACAACUGCCUGAAAUCCGUGCUCUGGAGAAUCCUGAAGAGGAUUUCGAUAUUGACGCAGUAUGUCCGGAUGUGAGCGAGGCCGAAUAUCAGAGGAACCCGUCGGGGUACAGGGAGGUGUGUUGGAAUAUCAAGGAGCGCGGAGCAGUUGGGGAAACUAUUCUUCAUCUGUGCUUGCUUAACGCAACUUCUUUGCAUGCUGAUCUUGCCAAACGUCUGCUGCGAUUCUACCCGAAACUCAUCAACGAUAUCUACAUGUGCGACGAGUAUUAUGGGGAAAGUGUGCUUCACGUGGCAAUCGUCAAUGAGGAUCCAGCAAUGGUAAAAUAUCUGUUGGACAGUGGAUCUGACGUUGACGAACGAUGUUGCGGAACGUUCAUGUGUCCCGAGGAUCAAAAAGCAACACGUUACGAUUCGAUCGAAACGGAAAUCAUCUGCGUCCUUCCCAUGACCAACUACGAUGGAUACGUUUACUGGGGCGAAUAUCCUUUGAGUUUCGCGGCUUGCUUAGGUCAGGAAGAGUGUUAUCGGUUGGUUUUGGCUCGUGGAGCUGAUCCCGAUAACCAAGACUCGAAUGGUAACACGGUUCUACACAUGCUGGUCAUCUACGAAAAAAUUACAACAUUUGACAUGGGGUACGAAGUUGGCUCAUCGUUGGAUAUAAGAAAUCUACAAAAUCUGACGCCAUUGACAUUGGCUGCUAAGCUCGGUCGGGUAGAGAUGUUUUUCCACAUUAUGAACAUCGAGCGAGAGAUUUACUGGCAGUUGGGGAGUAUUACUUGUGCAGCUUAUCCGCUGGAUUUGAUCGACACGAUUGACAUCGAAACCGGAAACAUCAACAAAGAUUCAGCAUUAAAUUUGGUAGUGUUUGGUGACAAAGCGGAGCAUUUAGAUCUACUUGAAGGCGUAUUGAUUGAUCUUCUCAAAACCAAGUGGAAUUCUUUUGUCAAAAACAAGUUCUAUCGUCAAUUUUUUGUGUUCUUCUGGUACUUUUGCGUAUCACUUGUCAGCUUUAUACUACGGAAAGGACCAAUGAGUGUGGAAGAAACGGAGACAAACCGUACCUCAACGAGCAUCACGAUGAAAAAUCUAACAUUUUCGGAUAACUCAAACGCGACACUCCCCACUCUGCUGUCAGCAGAUGCCAAUGAAAAACUCACCCAAUUCAACGAGAGCCUGUUUGAUCCAUCGGCUGUUGAUGAAAACAUUUUCUUCAACGCCAAGUGCGCUACUAUGGCGUACGACAAUUUGGAGGAUAAAAUACGGUUGGUGUCUGAGAUUAUUAUUCUGAUUGGAUCGUUUCUCUACUUGGUUGGAGCAUUGAGAGAAUUCCGCUUUUUGGGACGUAAAAUGUUCAUCGAAAACUUGAUGAUUUCUCCUUCCCGAGUCCUGUUUCUGUUCUCGUGUUGCAUAAUGAUGGUGGUUCCGUUUUUGAAGGUGCUCUGCCUGAUCGAACUUGAGGAUCAUGUGGCUGUUACGAUCAUGUUGACAACUGCGCCAUAUUUCUUGUUCUUCUGUCGAGGAUUUAAAACCGUCGGACCGUUCGUUGUGAUGAUCUAUCGUAUGGUGAUGGGAGACUUGUUGCGGUUCGUCGUCAUCUAUUUGGUGUUUGUGAUGGGAUUUUCCCAGGCCUACUAUAUAGUGUUCUUAUCAUUCAAAGGCGAAGAAGAAAGCGAUGAAAAUCCAAUGCCUUCUCCGAUGGAAUCGAUUGUUGCGAUGUUUUUGAUGUCUUUGACAAAUUUUGGUGAUUACUAUGGAGCACUGGACAAAACAGAACACGAGGGUUGCGCUAAGGUCCUGUUCGUUAUUUUCAUGGUCAUCGUGGCGGUCCUGUUGGUCAACUUGCUCAUCGCCAUGAUGGGUAACACGUACACCAUGAUUGCCGAGACGAAGAACGAGUGGCAACGGCAGUGGGCGCGGAUCGUACUGGUGGUGGAAAGAGGCGUCCCUCCGAGCGAGCGGUUGAAAAACUUCAUGAGCUACAGCCAGCCGAUGUCGGACGGGAGACGGGCCCUGGUGUUGCGACUGAAUAUGACGGACGAAGAUAAGGAAGAAAUGAAGGAAAUCCUCGAGAUGAAACGUGUUCAUGACCGCUUGAAGAAGAAACGGCAAGUGGAGCGGGAAGCGAGAGCCACGAAGCGACGACUAAUCAUGGAAAAGUUUGCGGAUGUUUAUUAGAGAUAAUUUAGAAUAGUUCAAUUUCAGCCGUUUUGUAGAUUAAUUUGUUAAUAGUGUCAUUGUUCGAUUUUUUAAAUACAUUUCCAUCUUGU